AUGGCAUCGAUCGAAGAUAAAGGAGCAGAGAGUGUACCUAUAAUGGAGCGCAAGAGAGCACCAAAUAGAUUCUAUGUUGAGGACGCUAUUAAUGAUGAUAAUUCAGUUGUUACUUUGCAUCCAGAUGCUAUGACCACUCUUCAGUUGUUUAGAGGUGACACACUAUUGGUCAAGGGAAAGAAGCGCAGAGAUACUGUGUGUAUUGUACUGAUGGAUGCUUCAGUGGACCCAUCCAAGAUUCGCAUGAACAAGGUCAUCAGAAACAAUCUGAAAGUGCGUCUAGGUGACAUGAUCUCUGUGCACCAAUGCACCGACAUCAAGUACGGCAAGCGUAUCCAUGUGCUGCCAAUCGACGACACAAUCGAAGGACUCAGCGGAAACCUCUUUGAUCUGUACCUGAAGCCAUACUUCCUCGAGGCCUACCGUCCAGUGCGCAAGGGAGAUCUGUUCUUGGUGCGCGGUGGUAUGCGUGCCGUCGAGUUCAAGGUGGUCGAGUGUGACCCAGGCGAGUUCUGUAUCGUCGCCCCAGAGACAGUGAUCCACUGUGAGGGUGACCCCAUAAAGCGUGAAGACGAGGACCGUCUCGACGAGGUCGGUUACGAUGACAUUGGAGGUGUUCGCAAGCAGUUGGGCCAGAUCCGUGAGCUGGUCGAGCUUCCAUUGCGCCACCCACAGCUGUUCAGAAACAUUGGUGUCAAGCCACCCAAGGGUAUCCUGCUGUACGGUCCACCAGGUUGUGGUAAGACCAUGAUUGCCAGAGCUGUCGCCAACGAGACUGGAGCCUUCUUCUUCCUCAUCAACGGUCCCGAGAUCAUGUCCAAGAUGGCCGGAGAGUCAGAGUCCAACCUCAGAAAGGCCUUUGAGGAGGCCGAGAAGAAUGCACCAGCCAUCAUCUUUAUCGAUGAGAUUGAUUCAAUCGCACCAAAGAGAGAGAAGACACAGGGUGAGGUCGAGCGUCGUAUCGUCUCGCAGCUGCUCACUCUGAUGGACGGCCUCAAGUCACGUGCUCACGUCAUCGUCAUGGGAGCCACCAACCGUCCAAACUCAAUCGACCCAGCCCUGAGACGUUUCGGUCGUUUCGAUCGUGAGAUUGAUAUCUCAAUCCCCGACGCCACUGGUCGUCUCGAGAUCCUCCGUAUUCACACCAAGAACAUGAAGUUGGACGAGUCUGUCGACUUGGAGUCUGUUGGAAAUGAGACACACGGUUACGUUGGUGCUGAUCUUGCAGCCCUCUGUACCGAGGCAGCGCUGCAAUGCAUUCGUGAGAAGAUGGAUGUGAUCGAUCUGGACGACGACACAAUCUCUGCUGAGAUCCUCGAGUCAAUGUCAGUCACACAGAACCACUUCAGAACUGCCAUGAGCGGCUCCAACCCAUCUGCCCUGCGUGAGACCGUCGUCGAGGUGCCCACCACCACCUGGGAGGACAUUGGAGGUCUGGAGGGUGUCAAGAGAGAGCUUAAGGAGACCGUCCAAUACCCAGUGGAGCAUCCAGAGAAGUUCAGAAAGUUCGGUAUGCAACCAUCCAAGGGUGUGCUCUUCUACGGCCCACCAGGUUGUGGAAAGACCCUGCUGGCCAAGGCCAUCGCCAACGAGUGCCAGGCCAACUUUAUCUCUGUCAAGGGACCCGAGCUCCUGACAAUGUGGUUCGGAGAGUCCGAGGCCAACGUCCGUGAGCUGUUUGACAAGGCCAGAUCGGCCGCGCCAUGUGUGCUCUUCUUUGAUGAGCUCGACUCUAUUGCCAAGGCAAGAGGCAGCAGCCAAGGUGACUCUGGUGCCGGUGACCGUGUCAUCAAUCAGAUCCUCACAGAGAUGGAUGGUAUGGGCGCCAAGAAGAACGUGUUCAUCAUUGGAGCAACCAACCGCCCAGACAUCAUCGAUCCAGCCAUCCUCCGUCCCGGUCGUCUCGAUCAGCUGAUCUACAUCCCUCUGCCAGACUUGCCCUCCCGUAUUGCCAUUCUGAAGGCCUGUCUGCACAAGUCACCCAUCAGCAAGGACGUCGAUCUCGAGUUCAUGGCCAACAUGACCAAGGGAUUCUCUGGUGCCGAUCUGACAGAGAUUUGCCAGCGUGCCUGUAAGCUUGCUAUCCGUGAGUCGAUCGAGCAGGACAUCCUCAGAACACAGAGAAUGCAAGAGGCUGGAGGUGAGGUGAUGGAGGACGACACCGACCCGGUGCCCGAGAUCACCAAGGAGCACUUUGAGGAGGCCAUGAGAUACGCCAGAAGAUCAGUUUCGGACAAUGACAUUAGAAAGUAUGAGAUGUUUGCUCAGACAUUGGUACAGUCUCGUGGACUUGGUUCAGACUUUAGAUUCCCAGAUGGCAACAACAACCAACAGCCACAACAACAACAAGAGGAUGACUUGUUUAGAUAA